AUGCCAACAACCACAACUACAAUUAGUGAUCUCUGUAUAAAACAUCCUAAUAUACCACCUUGUCGCACUACAACUACUGCGACAACUCCAUCGUCAACCACACAGACAACUCCAACUCCAACCACAGUGACAACACCGACUACAACCACAUUGACAACUACAGAAACAAGUAACCUUUGUACAACGUUUCCUGAUUUACCAAUUUGUCGCACCACACCGGCUACAACUACAGUGACAACACCAACGCCAACAACAGUGACAACCCCAACCGCAGUGACAACACCAACGACAACCACCGUGACAACACCAACCCCUGUGACAACACCAACGCCAACCACAGUGACAACACCGACUACAACCACAUUGACAACUACAGAAACAAGUAACCUUUGUACAACGUUUCCUGAUUUACCAAUUUGUCGCACCACACCGGCUACAACCACAGUGACAACACCAACGACAACCACCGUGACAACACCAACCCCUGUGACAACACCAACGCCAACCACAGUGACAACCCCAACCCCAGUGACAACUCCAACUCCAACCACAGUGACAACACCGACUACAACCACAUUGACAACUACAGAAACAAGUAACCUUUGCACAACGUUUCCUGAUUUACCAAUUUGUCGCACCACACCGACUACAACCACAGUGACAACACCAACCCCUGCGACAACACCAACGCCAACAACAGUGACAACGCCAGCCCCUGUGACAACACCAACCCCAACAACAGUGACAACACCAACGACAACCACAGUGACAACACCAACGCCAACAACAGUGACAACGCCAGCCCCUGUGACAACACCAACUCCAACCACAGUGACAACCCCAACCCCAGUGACAACUCCAACUCCAACUACAGUGACAACACCGACUACAACCACAUUGACAACUACAGAAACAAGUAACCUUUGUACAACGUUUCCUGAUUUACCAAAUUGUCGCACCACACCGGCUACAACCACAGUGACAACACCAACGCCAACCCCUGUAACAACACCAACCCCUGUGACAACACCAACGCCAACCUCUGCGACAACACUAACGCCGACAACAGUAACAGCACCAACCCUUGUGACAACACCAACACCAACCACAGUGACAACACCAACCCCACUGACAACACCAACGCCGACAAGAGUAACAACGCCAACCCCUGAGACAACACAAACGCCAACCACAGUGACAACACCAACCCCAGUGACAACACCAACCCCAGUGACAACACCAACGCCAACCACAAUCCCAACAUGCACAGUAACCACUCCAGCGAGAACCACAACUUCUUUGAUUACAAAGACAGUGACAACCACAGCUUCCCCCACUAAUUCUGGAGGAGAGCACGAGCACCACAACCAUCACCACAUUCAUAAUCACCAUAUACCUUUAUUUCCUCUUCCGCUGCCUUUGCUUCCGCUCCCGGCUCCGGUUCUGGGCGAACCGCCCUUGCCGAAUCCGCCGCACCUACCGCCACCACACCUACCGUCUCCCCACCUACCGCCGCAACCAGCUCAUCCAUUAAAACCGUUGCCUGGACUUCCACCCCGACCACCACUACCUCCGCCUUUUGGCUUCCAUUGGAAAGCCCUCAGUCAAACAACAUCUAAAAUCGCAUAA